GACUCAGAAGGUCCCGGGACACCAAGGAUGCGGAUCCUGAGCCCCCCCCUCACCCUCCUCCUGCUGCUCUCGGGGGCGCUGGUCCUGACCCCCAGCUGGGCCGGUCCCCACUCCCUGAGGUAUUUCCAAACCGCCAUGAGCCGGCCCGGCCGCGGGGAGCCCCGCUUCCUCUCCGUCGGCUACGUGGACGACACGCAGUUCGUGCGGUUCGACAGCGACGCCCCGAAUCCGAGGGAGGAGCCGCGGGCGCCGUGGAUGCAGCAGCCGUGGUUGGAGCGGGAGGACCCGGGGUAUUGGGACCGGAGCACGCAGAUCAACAAGGAAGCCGCACAGGCUUCCCGACGGAGCCUGGAGAUCCUGCGCGGCUACUACAACCAGAGCGAGGACGGGUCUCACACCAUCCAGAGGAUUGUUGGCUGUGAGAUGGGACCAGACGGGCGCCUCCUCCGCGGGUACAGUCAAUAUGCCUACGAUGGCGCCGACUACAUCGCCCUGAACGAGGACCUGACCUCCUGGAUCGCGGCCGACAUGGCGGCUCAGAUCACCAGGCGCAAGUGGGAGGCGGAGGGUGUGGCAGAGCUUGUGAGGAGCUACCUGGAAGGAACCUGCAUGAAGUUUCUCCGCAUUUACCUGGAAAAAGGGAAGGAGACCCUGCAGCGCGCAGACCCUCCAAAGGCACACGUGACCCACCACCCUGUCUCUGCCCUUGAGGUCACCCUGAGGUGCUGGGCGCUGGGCUUCUACCCUGCGGACAUCCGCCUGACCUGGCAGCAUGACGGGGAGGACCAGACCCAGGACAUGGAGCUGGUGGAGACCAGGCCUGCGGGGGACGGCACCUUCCAGAAGUGGGCGGCUGUGGGGGUGCCCCCUGGAGAGGAGCAGAGAUACACAUGCCAUGUGCAGCAUGAGGGGCUGCCUGAGCCCCUGACCCUGAGAUGGGAGCCGCCUUCUCACACCUUCAUCUUCAUCAUCAUGGGCAUCGCUGGGGGCCUGGUUCUGCUGGGAGCUGUGGCUGGAGCUGUGAUGUGGGGGAGGAGGCGCUCAGAUGGGGAAAGGGUGGGGACUGAGUGUGCACUCUAGGCAGUGACAGUGCCCAGGGCUCUGAUGUGUCUCUCUCGGCUUCUAAAGCAUGAGGCAGCUGCCUUGUGGGGACUGAGUGAUGGAAGAUGUGUUCAUACUCCCACUUCCUGACUCAAGAACCUCUGAUGGGGCCUGGUCCCGCCCUGCUCAUCACACUUUCCUGUCAGCAGAGGCGGGCCCUCACUAUCGCUAUCUUUACUUUCUCAUAUUCUGAGCUUCAAGCUGUUCCUUCCACACUGAAAUGAGGUUGUGGAGGUGACUUUGUUCCUUUCUUGCCAUGAAGGAUUGGUGGGUAAAUUCAAGAAGAUUGUACAUUUUGAGGGGAAAUAAAUAUAAACACCAAGAACUUU